CUGCUAAUCCCCAUUGUUUUUAUAGGGGAGGAGGAAUUGCCCGUCCACUCGUUGCUCCCGGAAAGUCUCCCCCCCCGGUGGCAUGGAACACCGCCCCGUGCCCCAUCCUUAACUGCCCGCUCUUGUUCUUCCACCUCCCAACCAGCAUUUGUUUCGAUCUUCUUUGAGCGGCAUGUCCCAUAUAACCUUUUCGAAUUCCGAGUCCAGGUCGGGCAAUUACCAUGCUCCCAGGGAUUCCCUCGAACUGGCGUCCUUAGCCUCUUCGCCCGACUCCGCCCCCAGAUCCUCCCGCUCCUCGUCUCCCUCCGGCAUUUCGUCGUCGCGCAAGCUCUCCCUCGAAGAUGAAGACCCUCUUUCCAGCUCCCAUCCACAGUCGCAGGGCCCGUCAGGGCGUCCCCGCUCGGCUCGCUCAUACUCGAUAUCUUCAGCCUUUGACUUCGGGGCGACCUUAUUUCCCUUGUCGCAGACGACCGGUGGUUAUGCUCCGUUGGGGGUCUCGUCCGCAGACCGAGAGGCUGGAAUUGCUGAUGGGUCCUUAGAGAGGAACAAGACAUUGACUUACAUGAACGGUCUAUCUCUCGUGAUUGGGCUGGUGAUCGGCUCGGGUAUUUUCUCAUCUCCCAGCCAGGUCAAUGUCAAUGCUGGGUCGCCUGGUGCAUCGCUGAUUGCAUGGGUUGUUGCUGGCUUACUCGCUUGGACGGGGGCAGCCAGCUAUGCAGAGCUCGGUGGAGCUAUUCCCUUGAAUGGAGGCUCCCAGGUGUAUCUCUCCAAGAUUUUCGGGGAGCUAGCGGGCUUCCUGUUCACGUGGUGCUCAGUCUUGGUCUUGAAGCCGGGAAGUGCGGCCAUCAUCGCAAUUAUCUUCGGAGAAUACGUCGUAAGAGCCUUUGUCGGCGCAGACGUAGAAACGGUUAAUCCCUGGAUAAACAAGGCUGUUGCGUUUGGCGGAAUUUUCGUGGUGACAUUGUUGAACUGUAUUUCAACGAGGGUGGCUGCGCGCAUUGGUGACCUCUUCAUGUUUUUCAAGUUUGUCGCAUUGCUGGGCGUCACCAUAAUCGGUAUCAUCGUGGCUAUAACAGGUCACUCAUCGACUGGCAGUGCCAACAAGGAGUGGAAGACGGGCUGGUUCGAGGGCACGAACCUCGACAUAUCCGCUUGGGCUGUAGCUCUGUACGCAGGUCUUUGGGCCUUUGACGGUUGGGACAACACGAAUUACGUGACUGGUGAAUUCAAGAAUCCCAACAAGGAUCUUCCACGUGUAAUUCACACGGCCAUGCCACUAGUCAUCCUCUCCUAUCUCCUUGCUAAUAUCUCCUACAUUCUCGUUCUCCCUCAUUCCACUAUUGAGGCGACUAAUACCAUCGCCAUUCAGUUCGGCGACAAGGUAUUUGGUCACGUGGGUGCCCUUAUAUUCGCGCUUGUUGUAUCCGCGAGUUGCAUUGGCGCCUUGAAUGCCACGGCUUUCACCAGCGGCCGUUUGGUUUAUGCAGCCGGAAAAGAGGGCUAUAUCCCCUCUAUAUUCGGUAAACUAUGGACUCGAGAUACCUCGACCAACCGACUCCAGCGCCGCUCCUGGGCCACCAAGGUCUUUUCGCGUCUCUGUGGAGACGGCACGCGAAUUGGUUUCACCCCCAUUUACGCCAUGGCGCUGAACAGUACACUCACCCUCAUUUACGUCAUCGUCGGCGAGUUCAAGACCCUUGUCACCUUCUACGGUGUAGCCGGAUACACCUUCUACUUCGUGACGGUGCUAGGCCUGAUUAUUCUUCGCGUGCGGGAACCCUACCUGCAUCGCCCCUACAAGACCUGGAUAUCCACUCCCAUCAUCUUCUGCUGCGUUAGUCUCUUCCUCCUCAGCAGGGCCGUCAUUGCAGAACCGCUCCAGACAUUAAUCGUCGUCGCGUUCAUCAUUGCCGGUAUUCCCGUCUACUACUGGCGUAUCUACAAACGCGAUGGACGUAAAGCGUUUCCGAACUGGAAAUUUUGGCAGCGCCAGUGAGAUCCAUCCUAUAAUUUCUUCAUGACCCCUCAACAACAACAACAACGAGAAACAGCCGGUAAAUUAGUUAUGAUAUGACCACUACUAUUUAUGUUUUUCUUAUAAUACUUUCCCUUUUAUCUCUUCUUCU